AGUUGAAACUGAGACACACACAUAUUUGGGGAAAUUUCCGUCGUUUCCAAACUAAAUAGAGGAAGAAUGGGGCAAUUGUUUAGAUACUAACUAACAACAAAAUGGCAGUCAUCUUAAUAUCUUUUAAAGUUUGACUAGACUUGUUAUAGCUGUUUUGGAAAUCGCGACCUUUUGAUCUCAUUAUUUCGCCAAAAUGUCAGUGUCUGAGAUGGAGAUUUUGGAUACGAAUGGCGAAAGUAUAAGCCUCAGUGAUAAGUAUAAGGAGAUAACGCUAGACGCAUUAAGGGUUAGUGCAAGAAAAAAAUUAUCCUUGUAUUUGAACGUCCAAGCUGAAAUAGUGAAUGACGCCAAUGGGUUAGUUAGUGACUAUAAUGGCCUAGCAGAAAUGGUGGGCUUUGGAUUCUUGGAGAUCAAAGAUUUUGAACGACAGAAAAAUCCAACGGAUGAACUGCUUACUGAGUGGACUAACCGUCCAGAUCUUACCCCGACUAUUGGAAAGCUUUGGGACUACUUGGUGGAGCUGGGUCGCUUUGAUGUUCUUGGAGACUGCAAAAAUCUCAUCAUAAGAGAUGCUGAUGCUUACCUCAAAAUGAAAGAAGAUCUGAGAAGCAAAGAAAGUCCUGUACAAGAGGAUAUGGUAACCUCCUCUGAGACAGCAGUGGAUCACCAUGUGGAUGAGCUCUCCAUUCUUUGUAAAGAUGACGUGGAGAAAGGGAUGCCCCAGUAUUUUGAUGCCUUUGUCUGUUACUCCCCCAUUGGAGAAGAUUUGACCUUUGUCAAGGAGAUGAUCACUAAGCUUGAGAACCCUCCCCACAACCUAAAGCUGUUUGUUCCCUGGAGGGACGAUCUCCCUGGAGGGUCACGCUACGUUAUUGAUGCCAGGCUCAUUGAAAUGAGAUGCCGCCGUAUGGUCAUCAUCAUGUCCAGAAACUAUCAGAACAGUGCUGCAGCUGAUUUCCAGGUUAAAUUUGCCCAUGCUUUGUCUCCAGGUGCCAGGAGUAAGAAGUUGAUUCCUGUACUGAUUGAGUCUGGGAUACAGGUGCCUCAGGUGCUACGUCAUGUGACUCUGUGUGACUUCACUAAACAAGACCUGAAAGACUGGUUCUGGGAUCGACUUUCUAAAGCUAUCAAAGCACCACUUGACCCACAGAUGUCUGGAUAUGGAUCUAAAACUAUGACAUCAUCUUCUUCCUCAUCUUCAUCUUUGUCAUCUCCUUCAACAAUGCCAUCUUCUGAUAUUGCACCAGGGGGUCUGGGGUUUCAUGCUGGAAGCAACGCAAAUGUGAGAGAUGAGCUGUCACAGUUCCACCCUUUACCAACAUCGCCUAGCUCUGCCAGCAUUACCUCCACUUCAUCUGCUGAUAACUCCUCAGCUCUGAUCAGCCGGGGGUCAGGACCCAUUCAGCACCCAUCUUGUGACCCCAUGGAACACACAGACAUCACUUCUAUGGGCCCUGAAUCAUCAGUCAAGAAAUCAAAGAAGGAUAAAAAGCCUUCAGGCCUCAAACAUAUUUUCAAUAAAAUUAAAAACUCUGGAAGCAGCAGCAACAAUACCAGUUCACAUUGCUAAUAACUUCAGGGUCAGAUAAGAUUCUGACCAAUCAACAUUAGUGUUACUGAAGUUGAUCCUACGUGUAUGUCAUGUAUAACUAAGCGCAAGGUCACAGUUUUUAUUCAACACAGCUUCUCUUAAGUAGUAACAUGAUCUACUUGAAGGCUGAGUUAAUGUAUUGUUCUGUCAUAUAUGACAGAAUUUUGAAUUUGAAAGUUUUUUUCCUUGUAAACUCCGCAAAGAAAUAUAAAAUUUCUAGCUAAGGCAAUUAUACAUGUAAAUAUUCAGAAAAAAACAUUAAAAAUAAACAGCUUGAAAAAUGACUUCAAUAAUACAAGGUUUAAAGUAUUAUUAAAAACUAUGUUGGAAGUGUCAUUUGAUUAAGGAGAUUUUAUAUGUCUUGGAUGAUAGGAAUAUAUAUCUGUUGUGGGUCUUAGCCAGCACAAUACUGUUGUUAAUAGCCUCUGAUUGUCCUCAAUGUACAGAAUGCCGCUACUGCAUUCCAUUCUCAUAAAAUUAGUUUUUUCUUUCUUCUUGUUUGUUUUAAAUGUUUUACACUCAGCUGCUUUUGAAUUUCAUUGUUAAGGAAUUUGGAGGAGAGUGACCUGGUGUAUGUUUUUUUUUAUAUUUGAAAUUUUUUCUAUACUUUUAUUACAUUUCCAUUUGAUAAAAAUUAUUCUACAGUUUGUAAAAAUUAAAAUCACUAGAUGUUUAAGAUAUGUUGGAUCUGAAGCAUUCCAUUCAUUUUUGAUAAACUUGGAAUGGUUUUAAUUAAAUCAUUUAUUUCGCUAUUCGAAAUCAUGAUACAUAUUUUUGACUAUGUAGUUUUCAAACUUCCGUUUUCACAAAGUUUUAAAUUCAUACCAUUUUCUACGUAUUUUCAGCUGGCCUAUAUGAUUUAUAGAUUGUGAUGGCAUGAUUUUGUUGAGAAAAAAAAAAUAGAAAAAAAAGUUAUGUAGCAGAAAGUGAUCUUUGUUGGUUAAAUCUUGCAGCCAUUCGUCUGAGAUGUGUGAAAUACACUCCUUCAGGUUUGUCAGUUUUUGGUUCCGAGAUCCGUAGAAGGAGUAACCAAACUGUUUUACAUGUAUAUCACUCACAUGUGUAGAUUCACUGUAUGUUGUGUAAUUAUGUUGUAUGUGAUCUGUUUAAGGAAAACACUUGUAUGAUCGAGCAUUAGUUAAACUGCUGCGAAUCUAGAAUGUUGUUGAAUAACAUGUUUUGUUGACUUGUAUGUAUGUGUGUAUAAUAAUCUCAUUAAUAUUUUUCAGUGCUUUGGUGUAAUAAUUUAUUGUCUUUUAUUAUCUUCUGUUCAAGUGUAAAGUUAAUUACUCUCUUUUUUGUUGUUGUCUUUUUUCUAUUUUUAUUAACAACGUGCUGUAUAUAUUCAGUCUAAGUUGACUGUUUUAUGAUUUUAGAUUAAUCUCCAGAGUUUGCUGGUUUUAUUUUAAUUCAUUUCAUUUAUUUUCUCAAAAAUCACAGAAAUGGUAUGUGAGAUACAGAGAGAAAAAACGUACAUGAAAAAGCAGAAUUACAUGUAUGUAGAAGUACGAGUUAUAAUCUAUGAGAAAAAGGGAGAUAACUCUGCACCAAUAUACUCGUUGAAAUGGGUGGUAGAAUAUUUGUGGCGGUGAUUUUAGUGUUGUUAGCACAGUUUUUUAUUUAGUGUAAAAGAAAAUAAAUAGGUUGGAUUUUUGUGGGAAACAUAUUUAUUUUCACUGAAAAACAUAGUCAAUAGAGAGUGACUUUAUUAUUCCAUUAUAUGUCUGUGACAUCAUAUAGGUGUAAUUACAGUUGUUGAUUAAUUAAUAUGAAUAUUUUUUAUGCUAGCUUUAAGCUGGUACACAGCAAGUGACAACAAAUUUUAAGUGACCAAAUAAUGUAACAUAUUCUUUUAAAGAUCAUUCCAGUUAUUUUUUUGUUUGUUUUUAUUCUAUAUUUAAUAGAAAUUAGGUCUUUUUGUCAUACCCUCAACUGCACUAAAGCCUCAAGUUGAGAUUUUUUUAUUUUAAUCAAAGUUUGUUUUUUCUGUCGAUAACUUUUUACAUCACCUGAGUCAUUCAGGUACCUACUACUAUCCCUUUUCAUUUGUCUAUGUACAUCAAGUGCAAAACUUUCUACUUUAAUUUUUGAUUGAAAUGUCUGUCAGAGCCAAUUUCAACAAUUUUGGUAUUUAGCAUUAUAAAUGAAGGGAAACAAUGCUUACAAUAGUUGCAUUUUUCAUGGUCAGGGGUGUGGGAUGGAGCCAAAACCAUCAUGAUAAAGAUUAUAUUCAAAAAGUCUUCCUCCCUACGCAUGGAAACCUAGCAGGCAAUUUAAACCAUUUGCAAUUUUCUCCUUUAUCAAACUGUGAAAUUCAUGUAACCUAAGUUCAGGCCAUAUAUUGAAAAUUCCUCAUAUAAGUACAUUUGAAAAUCUCCAUUGUUGCCAGAGGUAUAUAAUUUUUAUAAUUGAAGACUACAUCCCUUUUAUUGAAAGAAGUGUAAAUUUUUCAAAACCUGCUGUAGGAAUCAUGGUGUUUCUGUAAAACAUUCCAUUUGCAUUUUAACUCAAAUUUUUGUGAAGUUAAGACCUAAAAUUUCUUUAUCUGAUUUGAAAACUGAUGUAAAGAAAAG